AUGCAGGCAGAACAACAAAUUCCCUCUUCCGACAUGAUUCCGCUUACUGAAAUUGAUAGGGAAUCAAAAAGAAAUUGGAUUAAAAUGAUGACUAAAAAAAAAUAUAUUAAUUCGAUUGACUACACUGAGUUUAAGAAUAUUGAAUCUCUUACCACUGGAGGUUCGGGUGUUAUCAAGAAAGCUGUAUGGAUAAAGAAGGAGAAGGAAGUAGUGUUAAAAAAGGUUUUACCUGAUACAUCAAAAAUAGAUCAAUUUGAGCACGAAGAGCUUGUUAAAGAGAUUAAAGCAUUUUAUGCUAUAAAUGAUAAUAUAAAUGUUGACCUGCUUCCUAAUGAAGAAUUUUUCCUAGUAUUGGAAUAUGCGGAUAAAGGCGACCUAGAAACUUAUUUAAUUCACAACCAAUUAGAUGAUCAUAGUAAUUUGGGAAUAAGAGCAGUUAUCACUGAUUUUGGGCUUUCCAGAGUUGUUUCACGCCAUAGUUUAUCGAAUCAACAUGUAAAAGGGCGUAUGAAAUUUAUGGAUCCAAUUAUAUUAAAUACACUAUGCAAAACGUUUGGGAAAAUUUAUGAUUAUUCUUCUGAUAUAUAUAGUCUUGGAGUAAUAAUGUGGGAAAUUUCAAGCAAUGGCCAAGGAAUACGAAGAUUACCGAAUCAGUGUGUAGAAAUGAUAUAUAUUAUAUGUGGUGUGCGUGAGGAACCAGUGGCUGGAUCCACUCUCUCUUACGUUGAACUCUAUGAAAAGUGCUGGGAUAAGAAUCCGGACAAUCGACCUGAUAUUAAUUGUGUUUAUGAAUUGAUACAUAAAAACGAUAUUUUGUCGGGUGAAAAAGUUCGUGCUGAAUCAGAUAGCACAACAGUUGAGCCUGAAUUAGAAAAUGUAGUGAAUGUUAUUAAACAAUUUUAUGAUAACCAUCCAGAAGACAGAAUUGAAGUUAAUGCUGGCUGA